CUUCUACAGAACGAUAUUGGAUAUUGGACAACAUCUCUGGAAGUAAGAAUUCAAGUUUUCUCAAGGCCAUUGUUGUAUAACGGAAUGUUCUCAUCAAGUUGUAAUAAUACGAAGCUGAGAACGAAUAUAAAACUAUGCAUUCAGCGACUUGAACAUGUGCAGAAAAAGAAAUCCGAGAUAUCGAAGAAGAAUCGGCGAGAUAUUGCAGACCUAUUAAAAGACGGUAAAAUUGAUCGCGCUCGUAUAAAGGUGGAACAAAUAAUUCGGGAUGACUACUGCGUUGAAGCUAUGGAUAUCAUCCAAACAUAUUUAGAAAUGAUAAAUGAUCGAUUUGGUUUGGUUCAGGAUUCAAAAGUUCCAGAUGCGUCUCUUGAAACUCCUAUUGCAACAGUAUUAUGGUCUAAAUCUCGCAUCAAGAACGAGGUGAAAGAGUUGGACAUUGUGGCUGAGCAGUUGCUACAUAAAUUUGGUAAGAGCUACGUUCAUGAGUGCUGUGAAAGGGCAACUAUGGUUAAUCGCACUGUCAUGACAAAAUUGAAUUCUAUUGUGCCUGGGGCAAAUCUGGUUGAAAUGUACUUGGUUGAAAUCGCCAAAAGUUAUGACGUUGAAUUUACUCCGGAUACACAUGUCAUAAUGGACAAUAACGCACCAGGUGCCGAUGAUAACUUAAUUGAAUUCAAAUCAGAGUGUUCUGGUGGUUUACCUAGUAUACCCACUGAUUUUGGAGCUUGCAGUAUGCCCUGGCCUAAUACAUCAGUCUCUGAGAAAGCUCCCUAUCCUACAGACUUUGUAAAUGACCCUGGUGUUCAACCACCUCUACCGCCGGGUGAACCGUCAGUUUCAGGAACAAGUAAAACCAAUGGAGAUAUAACAAUGCCUCCACCGUAUGAUAUGACUAUGUCCAAUGGGCAAGGUGGUAUGAUGCCUUUUAAUUACAGUGGUCCUGCAUCAAUGCCGCCACAAGAUAAUUUUUCUACACCACCACAAGAUAACUUUGGUGCGCCACCACAAGGUAGCUUUGGUGCACCACCACAAGGUAACUUUGGUGUGCCACCACAAAAUAAUUUUGCUGCACCACCACAGGAUAAUUUUGCUGCACCACCACAAGGUGGUUUCAAUGUGAUGCCACCAACAAAUGGCCCUACUGAUAAUACGGAUCUUCCAGAUGAUGAAAAAGCAGAUUUUGAAAGUCUAGCAGAGCGUUUUGAAAAGCUAAAGAAAAAGUGACAUUCAUUCACCUGUCAUAUUCCAACUCUUUUUUUACAAAAGAUUUCAUUAUUUAGAACUCAUUGCUCUUGAUCUCUAAAUUGUAACAGUAAGAUUCAUUGAAAAUAUAAUGCUGACUUUGUUGUACGUCUCUAUUUUUUACGGUAAUUAGUACAUAACUUUAACUUUGGGAAGUUUUUAUUUUUUUCUCUGAUACGCGUUUGUCCUGCAUAUAAUUAUAUUAUCUUAUUUGCCUUCGAUUCAAUAACUGCUAAUUCAAAAAUUUAUUAUGGUAUAUUACAAUGCACUUAUGCUCAAAUAUGCUUUCGUUUAUGCAUCUAUUUCCGACAAUAGGACAUGCGUUGAUAAUUAUUUUCGUGCUGAUAUCAGUCUGUGAUGAAAUCUACCUUGGAAUUCAUUAAAUCCUUACAAACUUAAUAUCUGAAUGUUGAAUGUGAUGUUCUCCAUUGCAAUGAUAAACUGUCAUUGGUUUCCUUCAUAUGGUGUUUAUUAUAAUGUCCGGUGAAUCUCCCUGAAGUUUUAUUUACACUGAAGCUAUUCCAUUACAUAUAAAAAAUGUACUGAACUGUAGGAAUUCAGUUUGGAUGAUUCUGUAUGUAGUAAUGGGAUUAUAAAAAAUUAAAAUGUUAGGCAUUUUCGAUUAGUGAAA